GCCCGCUGAAGCCGAGGGCGGAACUGGCGGAAGUGACAUUAUCAACGCGCGCCUGGAGUUCAGGAGGGUCGAGAAGGGUCGCCGUGGCGGGUGCCUGGGCCGCCUGCGGCUUAGCUUCGUGUCCGCGGCCGUUAGCAGUCUCUGCCGGGACUCCAGUUUUGCAUGCAGUCACAGGAAAUGUGGAAGGAAUAAGAUUUCAGCAUUAUAAGACAGCGUCACUGUUUCUUGGUGUAUGUGAAGAUAACCCAGAGAGCUGAGGAAGUUGCUAAGAAGAGUGUGCUGGGGAUGGUCCAGGAAAAGACCGAAUGCUGAGGCGAGUUCCAGUCCAAAGGGUUUUGAUUUGCUAAGAAGAAAGUGAGCGUCAUGGAUCAGAACAACAGCCUGCCGCCUUAUGCUCAGGGCUUGGCCUCCCCUCAGGGUGCCAUGACUCCUGGAAUCCCUAUCUUUAGUCCUAUGAUGCCUUACGGCACAGGACUGACUCCACAGCCUAUUCAGAACACCAAUAGCCUGUCUAUUUUGGAGGAGCAGCAAAGGCAGCAGCAGCAACAGCAGCAGCAGCAGCAGCAGCAGCAGCAGCAGCAACAGCAGCAGCAGCAGCAGCAGCAGCAACAGCAGCAGCAGCAGGCAGCGGCAGCAGUUCAGCAGUCGACAUCCCAGCAGGCGACACAGGGGGCCUCGGGCCAGACACCACAGCUCUUCCACUCGCAGACUCUUACCACUGCACCCUUGCCAGGCACCACGCCCCUGUACCCCUCCCCCAUGACCCCCAUGACCCCCAUCACCCCUGCCACGCCAGCCUCCGAGAGCUCUGGGAUUGUGCCGCAGCUACAAAAUAUUGUAUCCACAGUGAAUCUCGGUUGUAAACUUGACCUAAAGACCAUUGCACUUCGUGCCCGAAAUGCUGAAUAUAAUCCCAAGCGUUUUGCUGCUGUAAUCAUGAGGAUAAGAGAGCCCCGAACCACUGCACUGAUAUUCAGCUCUGGGAAAAUGGUGUGCACGGGAGCCAAGAGUGAAGAACAGUCCAGACUAGCAGCAAGAAAAUAUGCCAGAGUUGUACAGAAGUUGGGUUUUCCAGCCAAGUUCUUGGACUUUAAGAUCCAGAACAUGGUGGGGAGCUGCGAUGUGAAGUUCCCUAUAAGGCUGGAAGGCCUCGUGCUCACCCACCAGCAGUUUAGUAGUUAUGAGCCAGAGUUAUUUCCUGGUUUAAUCUACAGGAUGAUCAAACCCAGAAUUGUUCUCCUUAUAUUUGUUUCUGGAAAAGUUGUAUUAACAGGUGCUAAAGUCAGAGCAGAGAUUUACGAAGCAUUUGAAAACAUCUACCCCAUCCUAAAAGGUUUCAGGAAGACCACGUAAUGGCCCUCGUAUUCUCCUGCCUCCCCUACCCACUUGUUUUUUUAAAACAAAUCAGUUUUGGUACAUUCAAGUGGUGGUGUUGUGGACGAGUUGGUGAGAAGCUGGACGUUCUAGUGGGUUGCUGUACCAGGGGGAGCUCUCCUGCUCGUGUCCCGCGGGGAUGCUGCGCAGGGUGUCGUUUCUGCACAGAGGACACCGCAGCGUUACUGUAAGUUGCUCACACUGUGCUGCUAUUUGGGCAGCGCUGCCCGUUAAUUUAUAUUUAGAUUUUUAAACACUUACUGCUGUUGACAGUUGGUUUAAGGGACAAAACUUUAAGUGUUAAAGCCACCUCUACAAUUGAUUGGACUUUUUAUUUUGGCUUGUUUCUUCCCCAUAAACCACAGUUUUUAUAUUUCUACCAGAAAAGAAAAGAUCUUUUUUAAAAGUGUUGUUUUCUAAUUUGUAAUUCCUGGGGGUUAUUUUUGUGCCAGACACAUUCCGCCUUUUCAGUAUUGCAGGACAGAAUAGACGUAUUAAUGAAAACGAUGGCUGUACAUAAUUGUUUCUUCAGAGUACUCUGUACAAUAAAUGCUGUUUAUAAAAGUGUUAGAUUGAUGUUAUAAAUAAUACCUUGUAAGAUUCAUGUGAUCAUACAUGUUAAAAAGUUGUAUUUUAGAUAUAAUGACUGAAAUCA